AUGUUCGAUAGUGAAAGUUUUGCUAUUCGAAAUUCUCAUAAAUCAUUUAUUUCUGGAAAGAAUUACGAAGAUGUAUAAUCUUAGGCAUCAUCACCACAUAAACUAACUAGAAUAAAUGAUUUAAAAAACUAAGUCGAAAACUAUUUAGAUAUGCUGGAAUCUAAAGUAACAAUGGUUAAAGAGAGGGCUUUAUCUGAAUUUGUUAUAGCAUAUAAUGGUUAUAUGAGAUAAGUGAAGGAAGAUUUGAAAUAUUUAAAAGAGAAAAGUUUAGAGAUGGAGAAAUAUUAUAAAGAUAACAAACGCAUUUAAAAUAUGGAGUAAUAAUUAGAAUGGUUCAGAGAAGAAAGUGUUAAACUUUAUACUAAAAUUGAAAUAAAAAACAAAGAUAUCUUUGAAUUAAAAUUUAGAUUAUAAGAAGUUUAAAAAGAAAAUGAAUUCCUUGAAGAAUAAAUUAAAUAAUUAAUGAGAAAGAAUAAAAGAUAUGAAGUUAUAAGACAUACUGCAAGUGUUGCUACAGAAUAAGCAGAAUAAAUUAAAGAAUAAUAAAUAUUUUGUACUCAACCUAGACCAAAAAGGAUUAUGUCAGGAUAAACAUAACCAAAACAUAUGAAAUAAUUAUAUGAUAUCUUUGAGAGAUUAGCUAAUGAUGAUUAAAAUUAAAUAAUAAAUGAAAUAGCUUAGUAUGUUUCAUUUAUUGAAAAUACUUAGACAAAGUAGAUACAAAUAUUACGCUAGAAAAUGAAUUAAGCAAUUUGUCAAUCUACUAAAGCAUUUGCAACAAGAAGUGAGUAUGAAGAGUUUUUUAUUGAUUGUGUUGAGGUAUUAAAUACUAAAUAAAAAAGUAAGUUCGUAAAGAUAUUAUGCGACGUCGUUAAAAUGCAUAAGUAGAUAAUAAAUUAUCAGAUUUUAAUGUUUUUAGAAAAGAAGAUAAAUUUAAAGUUUUAGAAUUAGUUUUAAUGAAUGAGAAAUUGUUAUAAACUUUACAUUAGAAAGUAUUUCCAACUUCUUAUGUAACAUAAUUGUUGGAACCUACUACAAUAUAGACUGAAUAUUAGGAUAUAUUACAUUAAAUUGAUAAGAAGCGAAGUUUUUCUACUAAAGAAAGAAUGAUAAUCAAAAAAGGGAAGUUAUUGUAUAAAUGA